AUGGAGAAGAAGCUGCUAGAGGCAGUAGAGAAGUCCAGAGCGCCUUCACCAUCUGCACCUAAGGAGAAGCCAUAUGUGCAACCACCCCCGGAGGAGCACCAUUACUAUUAUUGCGAGUUUCCUCCUGAAGCGGAACCGCAAGCACAGAUGAAUGCCGUCGGCCAUUGGAACCCAAAUGGUAACUGGAUCCAGGGAAAGCGGAGGGAUGCUCCGUGCAGAGAUCAUCCAAAUUUCAGGUGGAGUGAUCAGAACCAAAGCCAACCGCCUCAACCGUCCACGCAACAAAUACAACCCUCAGAGGGGCAGCCCAAUUGGCCAGCUCGAAAUCAAGAGAGACCACAUAAUGGAGGAAACAUGAUGCAAGGAGGUCAAGCGAACUGGUCCAGUGGAGGACAGCCUAACUGGUCAGGCAGACAACAGGAAGGUAACUGGGGAUACAGACACCAAGGCCCCCAGUCGAGCAACCAGGGGAGACAACCGAACAACCAGGUGGUGAGCUAUGUCCCGCCACAUCAAAGAGGCAACCAACAGUACUCCCAAGGGAAUCAACAGCACAAUCAGCUACCGUACUAG